AUUCAAAAUGUCAGAGACGCAGGCCGAGCAAUCGACGAUUUCGGCCGAGGCAAUUGCAUGCGCGUCGCCGCCGCCGCCCGCGAUGGCCUCGCCGACGCGCGACGAGAGGUCGGCCCCGCGCUGCGCGCCGGUCGACGUCGAGUGCAUCUUUCCGUCCACAUGGGGCACCUCUCGGGCGUACGAGCGGUUGCGCCACCUCCGGGCCAUUGAAGCGGCCGCGUACGUGCACCAGGCACAGCGCCAACGCAGCCUCGAUGCGACACUACCGCCAGCAUUCACGACGCCCGCGAUCCGGCGCAUCGACGCGCUCAUGGAGAUCCAGCGGCGCGAGUGCUUCCGCCUCGAGCGCGCGCACGCCCGCCACGACGAGCACGCGACGCACACGUGCAUGUACGCUGCCCGCAACGAAGAUGGCGAGAUCAUUCGCCCCGAGUUUGUGCGCGACCGGUCGUGGCCACCAAAGGAGUUUGCGCUCAAGAGUAUGCCCAAACAGGGCGACCCCGCCCAGCUCGACGAAGAGCGGCUCGCGUACAGCUACGAGCGCGUCUGCGUCGACUGCACGACCAAGGUCUCGGCGUUGUGGCGGCAAGUGGACGCCAAGAGAGCCGACCCAAGCCCCGACGCACAGCUCGUGUACCUCAAGAAGGACGACGUGUGUUUGAACUGCUACGUCAAGCGCACGUGCCCCAUCAAGUCACGCGCGCAGCUCGCGGCCAAGAAGCGCAAGGAGAAGCUCAAGGAAGACAAGGUCGCCCAGAAGGUCAAGGCUGCGCCGGCGCCGGUCGUCGUCGCGCCGGUCGUCGAAGUACCUAUCGUGGCCGCCUCUCCGGUGGCGGCGAACCUCGUCCACGACGUCGUCGAGCCCGACGAGAACGGCGAGAGCUCGGACGACAAGAAGCGCAAGAAAUCGGCCAAAAAAUCGUCGAAAAAGAAGAAGAAAAAGGCCAAGAAGAGCGCCAGCAGCUCGCCGCCACCGUCGCCGGUCGCCGACGUCCUGUCGCCCCACGACACGGACGACGAGCGCAAGCGGUCGUCCAAGAAGCGUGCGCGGGACCACAGCGUGGCGCCCAAGGCCAAGGCGAUCAAGACCGAGACCGCCCGCGAGCGCGAGCUCCGCGCGAUCGGCCAGUACUGCCCGGUGUGCAACGUGGUGUACGAAGACGACGAUGUCAACGACUUUAUCUGCUGCGACGCGUGCGAGAUGUGGGUGCACAGCGCGUGCGACCCCAAGCUGGACACCUUCAAGCUCCAGGAACUGGCCGACUCGAAUGCCAAGUACGUCGGGCCGUGCUGCAGCCAGAAGCGGUAA